UUUGUCAACUAUGACAAAAAUCUUUGUGUUGUAACGGUUUUGCCUAUAACUUGGCUUAAAAGGUGCCAGAAUAUACCCAAAUGACAAAAGUCACAUAUCAUAUGAAUAUAUAUUACUUUGUUUUCUCAGUCAAAACAAAAAAUAAAUACACCAUUCAUUAUUCUAUAAAUUAUAUAUAUUAUCUUUGGUUAAUUCCUUUUCUUUCAUAUCAUUGUCCACAUGGCUUCUCCUUUGUUCUUGCUUAUGUUAAUUCUUCCAUUUGUUUACAACGUUGCUGCUGAUUGUUCUAAUGGAAGUUGCAAGCUCCUUGAUGAGUGCAAUUCUAAUGAAGAUUGUGGAGCUGGACUCUACUGUUUCUCAUGUACUGGAUUUUCAGGACAAAGGUGUGUGAGAUCAUCUGUUACAGAUCAAUUCAAGCUCAUUAAUAAUUCUCUACCAUUCAACAAAUAUGCAUUUUUGACAACACAUAAUGCAUUUUCAAUUGAAGGGGAGCCAUCUCACACGGGUGUGCCUCGAGUUACCGCAAUCAACCAAGAAGACAAUAUCACCCAACAACUAAAUAAUGGAGUUCGGGCACUAAUGUUAGAUACAUAUGAUUUUGAUGGAGAUAUUUGGUUAUGUCAUUCCUUUGGAGGCAAAUGUCAUGAGUUCACCGCAUUUGAACCAGCUAUUGACACAUUGAAGGAAAUUGAAGCAUUUUUAUCAGCAAAUCCAAACGAAAUUAUCACAAUUAUCUUGGAAGAUUAUGUUGAUACCCCAAAUGGUUUGACAAAUGUCUUCACCCAAGCUGGUCUUAAGAAGUAUUGGUUUCCAUUGGCUAGCAUGCCAAAAAAUGGUGGAAAUUGGCCUCUAGUGAGUGAUAUGGUUGCCAAAAACCAAAGAUUAGUAGUGUUCACUUCUAAAAGAUCUAAGGAACAAAGUGAAGGCAUUGCUUAUCAAUGGAACUACAUGGUUGAAAAUCAGUAUGGAGAUGGUGGAAUGAAAGAUGGAAAUUGUCCAAACAGGGCAGAAUCACCUCCUCUUAAUGAUUCAAGCAAAUCACUAGUGUUGGUAAACUAUUUUAGGUCAUUUCCAAUAAAACAACUCUCAUGUGAAGAUAAUUCUGGUGGACUCAUUAACAUGUUGCACACUUGUUAUGGUGCAUCUGGUAACCGUUGGGCUAAUUUUGUUGCUGUUGAUUUUUACAAGAGGAGUGAGGGAGGAGGGUCAUUUCAGGCAACAGACUUUCUCAAUGGAAAACUAUUGUGUGGAUGUGAUGAUGUUCAUACAUGUGUGCCUGGAUCAACUUCAAAAACUUGCACAUCACCAUAAAAAAAUAUACUGACAACGGCAACAACCAACUGGAAAUAAUUCAGAUGUUAGAGACUUUCAAUGAUUGAGAUAUGAAAGCAUUAAAGCAUUAUUAUUCUUUACCAUUGUAUUAUGUCCUCAUGGUUGUGACACAUUAAAUUAAUUCCAAUAUUACCAAAAUAUAAAGAUAUCAGAAAAUUAAAUUUGAAUGA